CGGCAGUAUUUUUGACAACGUAUCACGAUAUUGAUGGCCACCGCCCGGACAUCCAAUACAUAUCCAUUGUACCCUCAUUACGAUUACCUGUUGUCCGACGCCCUUCAAUGCCUUGCGGAAGACCUCAGGCGUGCGUCGUGAUCAACAACAAUGGACGACGAUAUUCCUGACCUUGUCGACCUCCAGGGUCAGAGUGGCAGCGAUGGCGAGACACCUACGAUGAAGAAGGUACCCAUCACCAUUGUAACAGGCUACCUGGGCGCUGGCAAGACGACACUGCUCAAUUACAUUCUCACAGCCGAGCACGGCAAGAAAAUUGCAGUCCUCUUGAACGAGUUUGGCAACACUGCCGAUAUCGAAAAAUCCCUGACCGUCAACCAGGGCGACCAGUCCACCACGGAAUGGAUCCCACUCGCCAACGGAUGUAUCUGCUGCAGCGUCAAGGACAGCGGGGUCGCCGCACUGGAAUCGCUAGUGGAACGCCAGAAGGACUUUGACUACAUCCUCCUCGAGACCACGGGUGUUGCAGAUCCAGGAAACAUCGCGCCCAUGUUUUGGAUGGACGAAGGCCUGGGCAGUAGCAUCUACCUCGACAGUAUCGUGACCGUCGUCGACGCGAAGAAUAUUCUCAAAAGCCUUGACGAACCUGCACCUGGAGAAGUGCCAGAGGGAGAACUAGAAAAUACCAAGACCGUGUCUGACCACCAUCACGACUCCCCUCUCCUUACGACAGCCCACCUCCAGAUCUCGCACGCAGAUGUGAUCAUCCUGAACAAGACAGACCUGGUGUCAGAGCCCCAACUACAACAAGUCCAGGCGCGCAUUACGUCCAUCAACAACCUCGCCCGGCUCAUCCCAACCAACCACUCGCGCGUCGAAUCGCUAAGCGGCACAGUCAUUGAUCUCAACGCCUACUCCACCUUCCCAACUUCAAAUACUGUAUCCAGCAUAGCGGCAAAGCCAGACUUCUCCUCCAAAGGUCACUCACACCUCGACCCUACCAUCUCAACUGUGACGCUGGCACUCCCACCUUUCGAUCCCCAAAAACUGCCCUACCUCGAAGCCUGGCUAGAAUCAAUCCUCUGGGAAGCAGAAGACAACCAGGCCGGCCAACCGCGAAAGUACGAGAUCCACCGGACAAAAGGGCUGAUACCGGUCAUGGACGGCACUGUCCGAGUCGUCCAGGGUGUACGAGAAAUUUUCGACAUAAUCGAGGCGCCCAGACCUAGUGAGGGUGCUGGUCCAGAAGAGGGCAAGAUUGUCUUUAUCGGACGGAAUCUCGACCUGCUUCCUGGAUUUGCGGGCUGAUUUCGUAACGGCACGGACGAUAUGAAACAUGCCGCGUGAACCACAAGCAAGGUCUCCAAGCGAGACUACCGUUGUUCGAUAUA